GCAGCCGGACAAAAUAUCUGCAGCGUAUCGAUGAAAUGUCAGUUUAGUCAAAUGGCAGCUAAAAACGACAACGUUUGGGUCCUCCUCUGUUCCUCUUAAGAACAAGCAACGACAAUUCGGUUAGUUGAGAGAAUGAGAAGAGUGAUGCACAUACCAUGGAGCUCCAGAAGAAGCCAUUGCAUGAUGGGCAUGACCAAGCUUUGGUUCAAUCUCUCACUUCAACCACUUGCCUCAAUUCUCCAAUUUUCUUCUCUCACCCAAACCCAAAACCCCUCCAAUCCACCAAUUGCUCUGACCAAGCAAGUCUUCACCACCCUCUUACAAUCAUGCUCUUCCUACCCAAACCACCUCAAGCAAAUUCAUGCCCUCAUCCUCACAACAGGCCUCUCUAUCAAGAACAGCCUCAUCACCCAACUUCUCACCAAUCUCACACUUUUAGGGGACAUGUCCUAUGCCCGCCAAUUAUUCGACCAAAUGCACAAGCCACGCGUUUUUCUAUGGAACACCCUUAUCAAAGCCUAUGUCAAAAAUGGUAUUUUUACGGAGGCGGCUUUUGUUUAUAGACAAAUGCACCUUCUGGUUGUUCGUCCUGACCAGUUUACUUACACGUUUGUGGUCAAGGCAUGUGCUGAACUGCCCGAAUUAUGGGCUGGAUCAGCUGUCCUUGCCCAUGUGGUGAAAUAUGGGUUGGAAUUCGUUGCUAUGGUGAGGACUGAGCUGAUACUAAUGUUUGCGAAAUUCGGAGAAUUGGGUAUGGCGGAUUUUCUAUUUGAAACUAUGGUUGAGAGAGAUUUGAUUGCUUGGAAUGCUUUCAUUGCGGCUUGUGUACAAAAUGGCAAUGCUGGUAAGGCUCUUGCAUUGUUUCGCCAGAUGGAUAUAGCUGGAAUUAAGCCUGAUGCUGUUAGUGUUGUGAGUGCCUUUUCAGCUUGUGGUCAAUUAGGGUGUUUGGAGAAUGGGCAAGAAAUCUAUGGGAUCAUGAGAAAAUAUGGGAUUGUUUGCAAUAUAAUUGUUGCCAAUGCACGGCUUGAUAUGUAUGUGAAAUGUGGUAGCAUAGACAUGGCUGAGGCGUUGUUUGAGGAUAUGCCUCAGAGAAAUGUUAUUUCCUGGAGCACUAUGGUAAUAGGGUAUUCCAUAAAUGGGGAAAGUGAAAAGGCAUUGAAUAUGUUUUCGAGGAUGCAAAAACAUGGAGUGCAACCAAACCAUGUCACUUAUCUUGGAGUUUUGUGUGCAUGUAGCCAUGCUGGGCUUGUAAAUGAAGGCAAGGCUUAUUUUAGUCACAUGGUCCAAUCUGGUAACAAGAAUAUUCGACCAAAAAUAGAGCACUAUGCAUGUAUGGUUGACCUUCUAGGCCGGUCAGGACAUCUUGAGGAGGCCUAUAAUUUCAUAAGAAGUAUGCCAAUUGAACCGGAUUCUGGGGUGUGGGGAGCUUUAUUGGGUGCCUGUACAAUCCACCAAAAUGUUGAACUGGGCCAGCAUGCAGCUGAUUUACUUUUUGAAGUAGCUCCAGAUAUUGGUUCAUAUCAUGUCUUAAUGUCAAACAUAUAUGCGGCUGCUGGAAGAUGGGAUUUUGUUGAUAAGGUGAGGCUCAGAAUGAGAAAAAGAGGUGUUAAGAAAAUAGCUGCCUACAGCUCCGUUGAAUGUAAUGGGAAAUUCCACAUUUUCUAUGGUGGAGACAGAUUGCACCCAGAGUCAUCAGAAAUAUAUGAGAAGUUGGAGCACUUAUUGAGAGAAUUGAAGAGUAUAGGUUACAUUCCAAAUACCAGCUCCGUGUUUCAUGAUGUAGACAUGGAGGAAAAGGAAGCCACACUGAGCAGUCACAGUGAAAAGCUUGCCGUUGCAUUUAGUCUUAUAAAUCUAAGGCCUGAAUGCCCAAUUAGGGUGGUGAAGAAUCUGAGGAUUUGUGACGACUGCCAUAGUUUCUGUAAAUUUGUAUCUAAAACUACCAAAAGGGAGAUUGUCAUGAGAGAUAAAAUCCGUUUUCAUCAUUUUAGAAAUGGUGAUUGUUCAUGCAACAACUUUUGGUGAUCGCAAGAAAUACUAAUGACUGGCAUAUGGUGAUUGAAGAAGAACCAAGGAUGAGCUCAUAAUAGAUACUAGCUAUGGCUCGAAGGCAACAGAUAUCUUAUAUUUGGCGAUGCUGAAAAAGUGGACUUCCUACAUGAACUUCUGCACGGCACUAAGAGGUUUGAGGAAAGCAAUUUUUUUGGUGGAGAAUGUUUAAUUUCAGUUCGUAUACAUCACCAAGGAAUUUUGACUCAGGUUGUGAAACAGUGCGUAAUGUUUGCCACAAAAAUCUCAUCAAGAUCCUUGGCACUAGAAUAAACGCCUAAUGGGAGCCUUGAGAAAUGGCUAUACUCUCACAACUGUUUUCAAGAUAGAUUGCAGAGACUAAAGGUAGUGGUGGAUGUUGCCUCAAUAUUUGCAUAUCUCCAUCAUGGUUAUUCAGUAUCUGCCUCGCUGUGAUAAAAAGGCAAAGCAUUGUCCUUCUUGAGGAAGGUAUGGUUGCACCUGUAUCUGACAUUGACAUUUCCAAACUCUAGGGAAACAGAGCAUCUUCAAUACUAAUCAAGACUGUUUCUACGAUUUGGAUAUAUGGCCGUGGAACUAUGUGACGUUUCUAAUCUAUCAUCUAGGUUAUGACCGUUUUCUUCUUCAUUUGGAUAUGGUUUUAUUAUUUUAUUAUGAAGAAACCUAUUUUGAGUUCAGCAAUGAAUGUUGUUCUUAUUCUUUCUCAGAGCUUAUUACAGAAGGGGGUAGUAUCUACAAGAGGUAACGUUUGCAGUUAUGGCAUAAUGUUAACAGAAAUUUUCACUAGAAUAAAGCCGAAAGAUGAACAUUUUGCAGGAGAACUGGGUUUGAGAGAUUGGAUUGGUGACUCAUUACAUGGUUCAACAGUUAAGUUGGUGACACAAAUUUGCUAGGCAAUGAAGAAGAUCAUUUUGUUGAACGAGAAGUGUAUAUCUUUUGUCUUUAGACAUGGCAUUCAUCGAAGAUUCACCUGUGGAGAGGAUUGAUAUGAAAUAUGCGGUGACAAAAUUUACGAGAAUUAGAGGAUGAUUUCUAGCAAAUAUUGGCUUUGAGGUAAAGAGCCAAGCAAUGUUUUUGGUAUUUUCUUGUUUGUUUACUCUAUGUAAAGACCAUGUAUGCAUUUGUACUUUGAGCACUUUCAGUAUACAUGUACAUUAACAGGUGCAAGCUACCAAUUCCCCCUGCACAGGUUAUGUUCA